CUUCUCGCCCAGUCAGUGGACCCGUUCUGUUUUGAGGCGCAUCAAAGAGCAGAUAUCUACUCACUCGGUCUAAUUCUGUGGGAACUGCUCGCCUGGGCAUUACCACAAACGUUUCGUUUGCGUCACGAACCGUGCGAUCAGUGUCGAGGCUCCGACUCUUCCCGCUCCUCGGCUCAAUCGGCCAUUCUGACCAACCCGGACGCGUUGCUUGAUCGCCAAGCAUGUCCAUGGCAUUGUCUCGCUCAUGUUGCGUAUGAAGUUGAAUUACGCGGAUACAUACACUCGUACGGAACACCUGGCUGGCCUGGAUCCGGAUUGGCUGUGACUAAUCGCUCAGUCGGUACACAAUUGGACAACAGGAUGGAAUCGUUCGGUUCUAUCAUGCCAAGCCAACGAGGUGAGCCCGAUCUUCAGACCAUGUAUCAUUUGGUUUACGAAUCCAAACUUCGGCCCCAGCUACCUCAAGUCGUCUGUGGUUCAUGGACUACCGGUCUGCUUGUUCAGCACCAAGCCCGUCCGAGCUGGAUUCCCGUCGAACCAGUUACCUCAUCCGGACCAUACGGAGAAUUGAACGGAUCGCGAAACUCAGUCCCACGGUGUCAUUCGACAAUUCCUGAGUGUGGUAGUGUUGGUGUUGGUGUGCAUUUGGAUUUCCCGACAAUCAUGACGUCUGUCGAUGGUGAGGAGUAG